AUGGCCGAAGGGCAAGUGCUCGUGGACAAGGCAUCUAUGAAUAUGCUCAUUCUCGAGUUUGAUAACUUGAAGCGAGAGAAUGAAGCCCUUAGAGAGAACCUGGAGGCUGCACUCGGGACACAAGAUCAAGCGUCGCAGAAUCUUCAAGCUGUUACUGAAGCGCUUCAUAGAGUGAAAGGUGAGCUGUCCAAUUCGGAGAACCACGUUAAAGUGCAGACGGAGCUGCUUCAGCUUAAGGACAUGCAGUUAACGUUAGCGAAAAAGGGGUUUCUGGAGCUCUACAACCAGGUACGCGAGAAGAAUGUGCACAUAGACAUAGACAUCGAUUACAUCUACCCAUCUCUACGCCCCAGUGAGCUCCCCUCUUUCACUCAAGAAGAACUCGGCCAAAUGACCCGCGAAUGCGAGCUAAUACGCGCAGAAAUCAGCAGGUUUGCGUCUGCACGCGAGGUCACCACAAGUCAAGGCACGUCCAGGCUUGUUUCGCUUGCAGCCACGCCACGUGCGGCAACUGCUAGGCUUGACCGCUCGGGUCACCUAUUAACUGAAUCGUCUAACACAAAUGUUCAGCAAAAGCUGGAUGAACUAGCCAUUCUUAAAGUAGAGCAUGAAGCCCUCCAAAGAGAUAACCGAGAACUUUCUUUGCAAGUGCGCAAAUUAAUUAAUGAAACGGCUGCUCAGCGAAGCACACUGGCAGCUUCUCAAACGAACAUGAUCAGCCGGGAUGAUUAUCUUCUGGAGAGACAUAGACUUGAAAAGAUCGCCAAUGAGCUAAGAAACACACUUGACUCGACGCGAAUGAGCGCAGACAUGCUUCAGCAGGCCUUGGACCAAGAAAAGGAACGCGCACUACGCCUUCAGAAAGAACGUGAUGACCUCAAUCAAUAUCUUUAUCAAGCCAGAGAUGAGCUUGAGCAGGUGCGAGCCCAACACUUGGCCAAAAGUAGACACUUUGACCAAAGCUCCUCAACCCUUGAAGGUCACAUCCGAACCUUAGAAGAGGAUAACCAGAAGCUUGCUGAACACGUGACAAAGCUCAGCACUGAUUACCAUCAGAUGGAACAGCAAGAUAAACUUAAAGAAGAGUCCAUAGCUUUACUAAAAACAGAAAAGGAAGCACUUUUGGGUCAAAUUAAAACUCUGACGCAAGAUAUUGAGACACUUGGAGUGGAGUUUCAGAACCGCGAGAGCGACCUGGAAGCAGCUGCAGCGUCUCUGGAGCAGCUUCUGAACAAGGAAAUCUACGAUGCACCUGUACAGACGGAUAUUAUGGCGGACCAGAGUGUAAUUAUCACUGUAGGAGAGUUCAGAGAUGCAAAAAGGGAGAUCAGAGAGCGGGGAAAGAGAAGAAUAAUCCACAAAGUGAUGAAUAUCCUUAAUUUGAACGGUGAAAAAGCAGAAUUGAGUGUGGAGAGAUCCUUGCGACUCGAUAGCAUUCAGGGAAGCGAGCUCGCCACCAGUAUGAUAGAUUCUGGGGUUCAAGAUGUUAUUAUGUCAGAGGAUGAGUUCAUAGACAAUCUCAUGGUCCUGAAGACAGAUAUGAUUGCUAAGUUUGGUGAACUUAACGGCCUCAAAGAGAAGAUUACCAAGCUCACCGAGGACUUGGCAGAGCAUAAAACUCUGAAAGGUGAGCUGCAACGGAAAGCUGAAAGUGCAGAAAAGAAUCUCUUAGCACUUCGAGCAGAGAUGGAGGAAGCACAGACACAGGCAGAUGCGCUCAGAAGGCGUGAGGAAAAGACGAUGGAAGAUUUGAAGAUAGAGAACAAUGCGCUUGCUACACGCUUGCUAGAAGCACAGCAGAAGGGUGAAACCUCGCGGACACACACUCGUGACAUGAUGAAUGCACUAGAGGAAAAGACAAUCAAUCUUGACAAGGCACAGCAAGAACUGAACUGGAACCAAGUGAAGAUAGGCCAGCUAGAACGAAGAGUGAUCGAGCUAGAGGAGGAGCUGUCAAACCACAUUACAGGAGGGUUUCAGACGGAUAAGCACGUUGACGCACUCAAGAAGGCGUACGAAGCAAAAAUUGCGGAGCUUAAUGCAGAGAUUGAUCAGCGCGACGCAGACCUGAAUCGGGUUCUCAAGGAACAAAUGGCCCGCUAUGCAGAACAACGAGCAGAAUUAGAGGCUGUGGUUCGAGCACCAUCUUCCAGGCCUCAGAAUCAAGGCCUUCUAGAUGAACUUGUUAAUAUGCAAAAGAUGUACGAAGACGCUAGAGGAGAGCAGUAUAAGCUUAUCACAGAGAUUCGUGCAAAAGAAAUGGAAUGUGAUGAACUGUCUUCAAGGAAUGCAUAUCUCACCCAGGAAAAGGACAGAUUGCAAGCGCUUCUGGACGAAAACUCUCGCGCUGCGCGGACAAUGCGCAGUGAAGAGAUUGAGCAACACACACAGAUGCUUUCAGAGUACGAACGGAGGCUCAGAGAAAAGGACUCUGUGGUUGACGAACUACUUGGAAAGGCUAGCAAACUCGAGAUAGAGAAGAAGUCGCUUGCAGCUGAUUUCACUGAAGCUGAGGCACGCCUGAAGGCCGCCCUAGCUACAUCAGAGGAUCUUGCAGAGCAACUUGCGGAUUAUAAGGCACGCGUUAGUGAUUUAGAGCUAGAAAACCGGCAGCAAAUUACCGAAAUCACCAUGCAGAAAGCACGGCUCACAUCUGUACGCACAGGGGAUUCUGAGAAAGAUAAGAUAAUAGUAUCUUUACAAGAGAGCAUAAAGAACUAUGAAAAAGAGCUAAGCAAAUACCAGUCUGAAGUAGAGUCACUGAAAGGUCAUAUAACGACAAAGACCAAGUUUUUGGAGGCUGCAAACAACGAGCUGGCAGGAAUAAAGAAGAAGCAUGACAUGGAUACGGAUAAAUUCAAGGCUACUAUAAAGCAACUAAACUCCCGCGUCUCUGACCUCGACACCUUAUUAAGUAAUGCACACAAGGACGACGCCCUAUUGUCAUCUUAUCGACAGAAGAUCAGAGAGCUUGAGGCCGCCCUGCAGACUGAGCGCGAGGCUGCAGAGGCUUCACGAAAGGCCUAUAAAGCAGAACAGAGGCAGGAGUUCAAGGAAUUGGAGAACAAGAUGAAACAAUUAAGCUAUGCAGUGGAUGAACGGGAUUCGUUGCGCCAAGAGAAGAAACGCCUACUUAAGGAGAUCCAGAGAAUGAAGGAUGACCGAGCUAAGAUGAUAAGGGACCAUGAAGAAGCGAUGAUGGGCAUGCUUCGAAAUGCCGAUGAGGAGACCGAGACAGAUAGAGAGACCAUGUUCACCCGGGAAAGGUUUGAUCACUAUAGGUCACAGGCCAAGAAGUACAAGGACUUGUACAGAAGAGCAUUCAACGUGGUAGAAAGGAUGAAAGUAAAAGAGCGAGAAAUGAAGAAUAUCAUAGUACAAUUGGAGAACAAACUCUUCGAAAUGGGAGCCAAAAGAGAUGACAUAGUAGUUGGUGGGCUCAAUAAAGACAACUCAUGCACAACUUACGGUACAGCAAGCGUAAACGGCGACUCCCAAAGCGAGUCCCGUACUAGGGUGUCUAGUCGCCAAGGCAGCAGGGCAAGCAGCCGUUCCAGACAGCGGAGGUCUGAUGCAUCUGUGGACUCUAACAGGACAGGAAGAGUAGAUAGCCCCAUUAUCCCCGUUAACUUAGCAUAUAAACCUAGUGCUCAAAAGUAA